AACAGUGUCUGAGCAGAAAGGCUCCCGUUUUCUUUUAGAUGCAUAAAUGUCGCGGAAGCUGUUGUAAAUAAUGAAAGCUGCGCAAAAGAUGGUAUCACGUGUUUGAAUCACCUAUGUGGAAAAUGAACGUCAUGCCUGUCGGGGGCAGAAAUGACAUAAGCCAUGAGAAAUACUAUGUCACACUAUGCUCUUUAGGGUAAUUACCAAGCUAAACAUACUCGUAAGUGUCCUGACAGCCCACCUAGAGUGUAUAAUGGGAACACUGUGCUCCUAAAAUAUCCCGAAAGGUGGUUGGUUUUUUAUUUUUUCACCACAAGGAGCAAAAAGUGAUCAUGGUCUCAGUAACCCGUGGGCCUUCUAAGGUGAUGUGUUGCUUAGUUCUCACCUACCCGCAGUGGGAGAAGAAUGGAGCUGCUGCUGGUCAUGUUGAUCAUCAGUUAUGUUCCCAGCAAAUCAGGUUCCUGCGGGUCAUUUUAUUGCGUUCUCGUUUCUUUCCGUCUUCCCGUAUUCCAGUGAGGAUUUCUUGCGCGGUCGCGUAGAGAUGCCACCCCCAGCCAGAGGCCCGCCGGCGGUGGAGCCCCCCGAUGGAGGCUGGGGCUGGGCCGUGGUCCUGGGGGCCUUCAUCUCCAUUGGGUUUUCCUACGCCUUCCCCAAAGCCAUCACCGUCUUCUUCAAGGAGAUCCAGAAGAUCUUUGAUGCCUCGUACAGCCAGAUCGCGUGGAUCUCGUCCAUCAUGCUAGCAGUCAUGUACGCUGGAGGUCCCAUCAGCAGCAUACUGGUGAACACGUAUGGCUGCAGGCCCAUCAUGAUGGCGGGCGGCUUACUGUGUGCCGUGGGCAUGGUCUCCGCCUCCUUCUGCAACAACGUGCUGCAGCUCUACAUCUGCAUAGGAGUUAUUGGAGGUCUGGGACUCGCCUUUAACCUGCAGCCAGCCCUGACCAUGAUUGGAAAGUACUUCUUCCGGAAGCGUCCGCUGGCCAACGGGCUGGCCAUGGCCGGGAGCCCCGUCUUCCUGAGCACGCUGGCUCCGCUCAACCAGUACUUGUUCAACUCCUUCGGCUGGAGGGGCAGCUUCCUCAUCCUGGGAGCUCUGCUGCUCAACUGCUGCGUGGCUGGAUCCCUCAUGAGGCCCCUGGGGCCGCCUCCGGGCAGGACGGGCGGCGGGGUCGCCCCGGGCCACAAAGCCGGUAAAACCGGCGCCUGGCAGAUGGUGAAUAAGUACCUGGACCUGUCGCUUUUCAAGCACCGUGGGUUCCUCAUCUACCUGUCGGGCAACGUCAUCAUGUUCCUGGGUUUCUUUGCGCCCAUCGUGUUCCUGGCUGCGUAUGCCAAGGACAUGGGCGUCGACGAGUACUCAGCCGCCUUCCUGCUCUCCAUCCUCGCCUUCGUCGACAUGGUUGCCAGGCCCUCCAUGGGGCUGCUGGCCAACUCGCGGUGGAUCCGCCCCAAGAUCCAGUACUUCUUCAGCUUCGCCGUGCUCUACAACGGCGUGUGCCACAUCCUGUGUCCGCUGGCGGAGGGAUACACGGGCCUCGUCGUCUACUCCGUGUUCUUCGGCUUCGCCUUCGGCAUGGUCAGCUCGGUGCUCUUCGAGACGCUCAUGGACCUCGUCGGCGCCCAGCGGUUCUCCAGUGCCGUAGGCCUCGUCACUAUCGUGGAGUGCUGCCCCGUCCUCAUCGGUCCACCGCUAGCAGGCAAGCUGGUCGACGUCACUAAGAACUACAAGUACAUGUACUUCUGCUGCGGCGCCGUCGUGAUCCUUUCCAGCAUCUGGCUCUUCAUAGGCAACGCCAUCAACUACCGGCUGCUGGAGCGCGAGCGAAGUGAGAAGGAAACGCACGAGGGCGCCAUGGCGGCCGAGCGCAACCAGGCCGAGCCAGAGCCCGAGGCCCCGGACCCCGAGGACGUGCAGGACGACAAGGAGGAGCCGCUCACUCAGCGGGAAACAAACAUCUGAGAGUCGCUCGAGGUGAAACGGCAGUGAGAAAGCGAAGACGACGAGCUCCGCCCUUUUUUAAGCUCCGCCCACAAACGGUACCGUUGCAAACCUUGCAGUGCUGCCAAAGUACGAGCUGCGUGCGCGGCAUCGGAACACAAACCCGAUAAAGAGGGUCUGGGGUCAGGAAGGAUCAGGUUCAAUGCGAGAAACAACACCCAACAGGAGCUUUCUAGGCCUUCAAAAAUUCAAACAGGGUCAUAUUUUAAUCUCAUCAGGAGCGUCAGUUUGCAUAUGACAUCAUCGUAUUUAACCACGCGUCAAACACUAUACAGUGUUUCUUUCUGUACACGUUCCAUAGCAUUGAUUUCUUCUGUUACUCAGUUUCAUGGUAAAAAGGGUAAGAACACUGCUGCUGCAGGGCUCAUCAC